GCCGUCGUCUUGUGGCGAAGCCGAGCCGAGUCGGGGGUGGUGGUGGUGGACGCUUUAUUCACGGAGUCCGUGAAGGAGGGGGAGCUUAAGUUCCGGCUACGCCGCUGGACGUUCUCGCUUGGUGGCAUUGUUGGGUUACGUCCGCGGUAGAUUUUUUUUAGAAGGGGGCGGAAGGUGGUGGUGGUGGUGGAGCUCAGAUUGGGAGCGCCGUCGCAGUACUGCCACUCUGCGACCGUCCGAGUCGAGUGCGCGCGGGCCUCGCGGGUUUCGUCCCCGUGGCUGCCUCUCCCGCAGCUGCCGCGCGCGUGUGUGUGUGGCCUGCCGGCUUGUAGUUGGCCUCGCUCCCUAGAACACGUCGACAGCGUUGGCGCGUAGGGGCGCCGCCGUCUCUGGCUGAACACACACAUGUACCAUGGAUGAUAGCUUUGAAUGCGAAUGUGGUGAGCUGGAGCCACCGGAUCACUUGUAGUGCACCUGUGAAGAAAGAACAUUUGAAAUCCUCAAGCUUGAAACACCUGUAGAAUUCUUGCACAUCCAUCCUUUCGUCACCAUUUGUCCACUCACGGGCAUGUGCUCUAAUUUCUCAGUCAGUUUUAGGACCCACUCAGGAACAGAUGUGUGACAAAACUGGCCAUAUUUUUGUUAAAAGUGUACUUUUGCGUUUUUAUGCUUUCAUUACUUGGUGAAAAUAACAGGGCUGCAACCUAGGCAGUGCAGGAAAAGCUCACUUCAAAUGAUUAGUUUCGCAAUUUCUUUAAAUAGCUGUACCUCAGGCUUAUUUUCAAUGGUCUUGUUGAAGGCGGUUAACUUUAUGAAACAGCUCUAAGUUUUCAAGCACACAAGCUAAAAUAAAGAGAAGCUUGUUUAGGCAAGGUGGGUCAUUAAUCAAAGUUCCAACGUCACUUGACCAUCUUAUAAUAAUAGGAAGCAGACAUUUUUUUCAAAUUAUCACUUACUGGAUAUUUUGUGAUAGUUGGAGAAAAAUUUGAAUUGGAUAUUUCAUUUGUUGUCGAAUUUGGAAAACCUUUGGACACGAUUGGCUUUCUUGGCUGUGCUUUACGCGCGAAGCUUGUUGACUGGUGAAGGGUCCUGCCAGACCAUGGCGGAGAAGUUCAAUAGUCUGCAGAAUCUCCACGGGUUUGAGUUGGGUCCACGCUAUGUGGACCUGAAACCGCUUGGCUUUGGCGGCAAUGGGCUGGUGUUCUCGGCUGUGGACAGUGACUGCGACAAGCGUGUGGCUAUCAAGAAGCUGGUGCUGAGCGGACCGCAUAGUCUCAAGCACGCGUUGCGUGAAAUCAAGAUCAUCCGUCGCUUGGACCAUGACAACAUCGUCAGGGUGUUCGAGGUGCUGGGCCCUGCUGGACAGCGCCUUCCCCUUGGCCAGGCUGGCAUUGGCACAUCGGCACUGGCGGAGCUGGAGUGUGUGUACAUCGUGCAAGACUACCUGGAGACGGACCUUGCCCGUGUGCUGGAGCAGGGCAGCGCCCUGUCGGAGGAGCACGCGCGCCUCUUUAUGUACCAGCUGCUCCGCGGACUCAAGUACAUCCACUCGGCCAACGUGCUGCACCGUGACCUCAAGCCGGCCAAUCUGUUCAUUAACACCGAGGAGCUGCUCCUUAAGAUCGGCGACUUUGGGCUUGCGCGCAUCCUCGAUCCACACUACUCGCACAAGGGCUACCUUUCUGAGGGAUUGGUGACCAAGUGGUAUCGCUCACCACGCCUCCUCCUGUCCCCAAACAACUACACUAAGGCCAUCGACAUGUGGGCCGCCGGAUGUAUAUUUGCUGAGAUGCUCUCAGGAAAGACCCUCUUUGCUGGAGCGCACGAGCUGGAGCAGAUGCAGCUGAUAUUACAGACGAUUCCCGUAAUGCGCGACGAGGAUCACCAGGAGCUGCUCAACGUCAUCCCGGUGUUUGUCGACAAGGAGCGCCGUGAACCCCCCAAGCCGCUUGCCUUGCUACUGCCCAAUGUCAGCAAGGAGGCUUUGGAUUUCCUUCAGCAAAUCCUCACCUUCAAUCCGAUGGACCGCCUGACCGCUGAGCAGGCCCUGGCCCACCCCUACAUGAGCCUCUACGCCUUCCCACAAGAUGAGCCGGUGGCACGCCAGCCCUUCCACAUCGAAGACGAAAUCGACGAUGCGCUGCUGACAGACGAAAGCCACAGCCAGCAGGCACAGUGGAGCCGAUACCCAGAUAGUACCGAUACGGAUUGGUACAGCCACGGGGAGCUAGACGUCGCCCAGAAGGACCCUCGUGCAAUGGCCUCCAGCUCCUCGGACGAGGACGGCGUCCAGCUGGACCCGCGCAAGUUUUCCGAGGGCGAGCACGGCAAGUUCAAGGACGGGCGAGGCUCCUGCGCGGCUGGGAACGUCCUGUCCUACUCAUCGUCGUCGUCGCUUGACCAGCUGUGGUCCACCAGCGAGGAGAUGCACGACGAGCACCACCACCAUCACCACCACCACGAGAACAAGUUCUGCGAGUCGGAGUGUAGCCACUCGUGCGGCUACAAGGCGGGCUCGCCGUACCACCCCGGGAGCGUGGUGCUCCGGGAGAAGGAGGUGCACCACUACUACGAGCCCAAGCUCAUCUUGGACCUGUCCAAUUGGAAAGAGCAGAUCCGCGUGCGGCCUCCCGGGAGAAGAAGCGAUCGGGGGUGGGCGGCAGCAAGAGCAGCAAGCCCAACAAGUGCGAGCGCAACGGGGCGGUCAAAGCACAGCUAGCCCAGGAGGGUAAGGACGAGGCUAAGUCUAAAAAGAGUUUCGAUCUCGACGCUUUCUUUGCCGACACUAUCCGCCUAAGUAGCAGGCAGUUUGAUAAUCUCGCAGAAAAUUCCUACGACAGUGCUUUACCGUCAGGCGAUGCCACCAGUGUCUCUGGAGCAAAUGCUCUUUGGAAGGAAGGUCAGAAUACAUCCGUGAAGCUGGAGCCAGGUGAGUUUGAUCGACAUCCUUUCAGCUUAGAUUCUUGCCCAGAUUCUGGCUUGUCCCUUAAUGCGCAGCAGGCAGAGGUGGCAGCUGAGUGUAGACACUUGAACACAGUUCGUUUCCUAGACAACUUCUCGAAUGUUGAAUCUGAACCAGUUAGAGAUGAGAAAAAGGAGGAGGUUAAGGCAUUUCCUUCGUGUUUGGAAAAGUUAACUGGCAAAACCCCUGAGCAGGAAGCUUCGGUCGUCAUCAAGGUGGAAGAAAAGAUGGAUGUGGAGGUAGAAUCUAGGCACAAGUGCUUUACCAAGCUUUUACAUGUUGAUUCGGAAGCUGUUCAGGAAACAAGAAAUGGGGAGAGUCUGGAAUAUUCUCAGUGUUUGAAUGUCAUUGUAUGUCGGAAAGAAAAAAGAUGCCCAAAAAAGUCUUGUUUGAAAAAAGGCUCAAAAAGAGAGGCUUCUGUGAAACCUGGCCUGGAUGCAAUCAAAUUUGCUGUUUCAGGUGUUGAGGAUGAGCCUAAGAAAUAUGAUAAAUUUGUGGAGGCAUUAGAAGAAUGUCCAUUGUUUUUAGACACCAUCAUGAAAAAAACUUCAGACACAAAAUUAGAUUAUCAUCAAAAUUUUUGCCUUGGGAUGAUAAAGUUGACAGUUUCCAGGAAAUCUCAUCCAAGGAGCAGCUAGUUGAAGAGACUAGGCAUGUACCUUUUUUUGAAGGCCUAAUGAACAUGUCAUCUGAUGAACCUAUAAGAGUAAGUACAGAACCUGAAGGAAAUAACUUCUGCAGCUGCUUAGAAAAGAUAUGCAAGACUCCAAUAUCUCAAAAGUGCUCAAUUACAGAUGACCUGUUGGAAAAUGUGGCUGAUGUUGAAUACGUGCCCUUCCUGACCAGCUUUUCCGAUGCAGAUUCCGUUCCUUUAAUUGAGGAACGAAUGCUAGUUAACGAGUGCUCAAGCUGCCUUGAAAAGUUAAUGUGCUGCCAACCUGACACAGAAGAUCUCUGUGAACCCCCACUUGAAGAUAAACACGAGAUUCAGCAGUCAGUGGUCCACAGUUUAAGUUUACAAAAGGAGACAGAAUUGGUGAAAGUGACCAAGGAUAUAAAGGUAACCAUCUCAGAAGGACAGGGGCCCAUUCUCCGCAGCGAGGCCACAAAACCGGAGGUGGUUGUGGUCCAGGCACCUCUGGGAAAUGAUGCAGGGGAAGAGAGUCGGGCAGGAGAGAGUGGUGGUGGUGGAGCAAAAAGCGUAGCGGGCAGUGUCAUCCCUCUGGUUACCGUGGCGAGUCAGGAUAUGAGACAGGUGGCUCCGCUCAAGUGUCAGGCGCAGGCGCAGGUACAGGCCGGGGGAGGCCUCGCCCCGCUCAACGUGAUGGCACUGCCAGAGUCCACCAUACCUCACGUGAAAAACCGCAAGGCAGCCAAUACGGUUAGCUGCUACUGAGGCGUCAUAUCCACACAGCCUUAAUUUAUACUAACAUUUCACCAGCAUUGAUUCAUAGCUUCAAGUGUACAUUUUAAAAUAUUGGUUUGACUUCACUUAAACCUGCAUUGCGCGUGCUUUGGUACACGUCAGCAGCGGUGCACGUUUUCUGGAGGCGGUGAGAGUUGAGGGCGUGCUCAUCGGCGCGUCCCCCCUGUCGAGGGUGUACCAUCUGCCAGUUGAAAUGAUGCAGCCUCGGUUCAUCCGAUCGGAAUGGGUGCCAGAAACUAGCUGCUCUUUUUUUUCUGGCCCAAUAUGAAAUGGUAAAGCCAAAUUGCAUUUUUUCAAAUGUAAUGGUUGUUAAACUUACACGUAUUAAACUCUUAGGAAAGCAAUACGCAACAAUGAUAUAUUGUCAAAUGUGAGUUUGAAAUUACAACAAAAAGUAAAAUUGCAGAUGUGACUGUGUCAGAUAUAUUAGGUUUGGUACUGCAGUAAUACCAUCUAAUGUUUGCACACUUAUUGCAUUAUAAACUAUAUAAUUUAUAAACGACAACAAGCCUUUACAAUAUAUUUAUAACAUUGAGCUAAGAAAGUAGGCUAUAUUAUUUCCCACUUUUCCACAAGGUUUUACAUAAGAUUUUAAAAUAUUGUGGGUUUUCUGAUUUCCAUUGAUUAGGCCCUUAUGGUAAUUUGUGUAGCUGAAAACAACAUUUAUGAAUUAAAUAUUCUCUGAAUGAAUUAAAGUGUACCAAAUGUAAAUGUUUACCAUUAAUGUUUUCCCAUCUAAAUUUGUUUUCUUUUUAAUUGAUAAACCUGUUGGAGGCGGUUUUAUUUGUUUAAAGACUUUAAUGUGCUCUGAAAGGUACCAGCAGAACAGAGGUUUGGAUGUCAUUUGGUAGAUGUGCAGAGAAGAAGAGUGGUCAACUCCAGUGCAUUCAAGUAGAAAAUGGCAAAAUUCAUCCAGGGUCAAACUUCAACAGCAUUUUAAGAACUGCGUCAGUGUGGGACUGUCACACCACUGCCACAACACCAGGCUAAACCAUUUUUGUUGUUAAAAUAGAGGUAUGUCAGUAACAAUAGCUGUCUGAAUCUUCCCUUUGUUUUUUGUAGUCUUUAAAAUGAACCAUGUAUGUAAGCUGUAGGACGUCAGUAGAAUGAGACCUCUACCUCAGAUGCUAAGGUUGGUUGAUGCUCCUCUAGUCCGUAAGUAUGAUGUUCAUAUUUAAGUUUCUCUUGUCUAUCCAUGGCAGUGCAUUCAGUCCAACCAGAUAAAAUAAAAUAAAAAUAUGGCAAAGUUGAAAAGAUCUGAAUUCAAACUAUUUGCUAUUUAUUGCAUUAUAGAAAUAACUUUAUUUAUGCAAGAAUUUUAAGUUAUUAAAUAACAAAAACUAUGAAGCAUUGCACAUGCGAGCUGAGCGAGUCUUCAUACUUAAGUAACGGUGUGUUUUUCCUGCCUAAAAUUUUGGUUUUCAAAAUGUUUUUUUCUAGACUAUGUGAAGUAUUGCUCAUAACUAUGAAUCUAAAUAAAGAUUAAUUCUGAUAACUGCAACAGGUUCCCUGUAUCUUUAAAAAUAAAAGUGUUUGCAUCUUGAUAGAGCUACAGCAAGUGUUGUAUGAUGAGUAGUGUCCCAACAGUGCAUGCAAGCAACUCCAGUGUUUUGUACAUAUGUUAGAUCUUUUUGUUUUUUUUUAUUUCGCAGCACAUUUGAAGAUCUAUAGUCUUGUCCUUAUUUCAUGUGUUCUUAAAACAACUAAACAAGACUUGUAGUUUGUGCUUCGUUAAAUUAUAGGAAAACUGGAUAGAAAAAAACUCUGAAAUUAGAUGUUUGAAAACCUUAAUUAUUUUCGAGAACUUUAUCGUCUUAUGCAAUUAAGGAAUACGCAUGUCCUUGUUUUGUCAAUUUUUAAUAAUGUAUUUUUUUUUAUCUAAAGGUCUCAAUGCUGCAUACUUCUAAUGCUGUUUGGAUUGAUGUACUUGGAAUCAAACUGAAUUACUUUUAAGGCUUGUGUUAAGAACAGUUAAAUAAAAAAUAAUAACAUA